AUGGCCGAGUGCCCCUCCCCUGCGAAGCCAGCCCUGCAUUUCUCCCAGGACCCCAUGUCAGCACCAGCUGCCCAGCUGCUUCCCUCUGUGCACUUCCCCUCUGCCUCAGCCCACAGCGAGCCCCAACCAGGCUCCCAAGACCCGCGCCCCGGCCUGGCGCGGCCCCUGGGCUUUGUGCCCAGGGUCCCCCGCCGCCCGCGCCCUACCGGGCACCGGGACCACAAAGCCAGGGCAGGCUGCGUCGGGCCGGGGGUCCCGCGUGCGCCCCCGCCCAGCCCCUGCGGGCGCGCGCCCGCCCACGCCCCUCUCCCCGGGGGCGCGCCCGUCCGCGGCCCCCGCCCGCGCCCCCCUGUUGCCCCAGACGGCCUCUCACCUCGUGUGCGUCGGCGGCGGCGCUCCGCCCGCCGGCCGGCCGGCCCUGCCCGCGGCGCCCCGUCCUCGGCGCCCAACUCGCGCCGCCUGCGCCCGCCCCGUCCGCCCGCCGCCGGCCCGGCUCGGCUCCCCGCCCAGCGCGCCCUGAGCGCCGCUCACAGCCGCCCGCCUGGCGCCAUCUUGGAAGCUUGUGACGUCGGCGCCGCCCGCUCACCCCUGACCCACAUCUCAAUGGGCGAGCGGCGGGGCGGGGCCGGAGGCGGGAUGGGGGCGGGCUCUUGUGGUGCAGGGGCGGGACCGCGACCGCACCCCGAAACGCCCGGACCGCCCACCCACCACCCCCAACCCCGGGAAGAGAACUCUGGACCCCCACAGGCCCACGCCCAGCCUGCGCCCUCAGAGCUGACCCCCUUCGAGCCUAAGCCUGAGCCUGACCCCUCCGAGUUCCUCAUCAGGAACCCCUAA